GAAUCAUGCUAGAAUCGACACCACUGAGUACCUUAAUUUAUCCGGAAAGUGACAGACAAUAAAAUAUUUUGCCUUCUACAAAUAAAACAAAAACGACGCAUAUCUUACCUGUUUUGUGAUUUUCUUAUUGUUUUUCGUUGGUACUUCCUUUUUUUACAUUGAUUAUGUCUCUAAAUACGGCACAUGCUGAUCACGGAGUAUUGAUACAUCAAGGAGAAUGUAUAAUAUUGUUUUCUGACAAUGUAACAGUUGAAUUUUAUGGCAAUGAUACACCAGAAUUUAAAGGAACAAAAAAUGGUCGUAUGUACCUGACAACACAUCGGAUGAUUUAUAAUUCCAAAAAUAUUUCUGAUCCCAUGAGGUCCUUCAGCUUUCCAUUUAUAGCACUAGCAGAUGUCACAGUAGAGCAACCAAUGUUUGGUGCCAACUACAUAAAAGGAAAGAUACAUGCUCAACCCAAUGGUAACUUCAUAGGUGAAGUGAAGUUCAAGCUAACAUUUAAGUCUGGUGGAGCCAUAGAGUUUGGGCAAGCUAUGUUGAAAGCUGCCCAUCUUGCGUCACGUCACAACGCGCCAAACGCGCCGCCUCCCCCGUACACGCCGCCCACGGGCGGGUGGUACGCGGCGCCGCCCCCCGCCUACGCCCCGCCGCCGCAAGGAUACUACGGAUGGGUGCCGCCGUACACUGCUUUCCCUGAUCAGCCGCCACCGAACUCUGUGUUCGUGAGUAGCAACCCGCCUCCCUACCCUGGAGUAGGCGGAGCUAGCUACCCGCCCGGGACAGGGUUCUCCGGGGUGGCGUCGCCGGCAGGUGGGGGAUUCGCCCCCGGGGCUCCGCCGGGCUACCCGGGCAACGCCUCCGCCCCGCCCCCCGGGUACCCCGGCGGCUUCGCCCCGCCCACGGGAGCCGGCAUGUCUUCUAGGGAUGCUAAAGCUGCAGAAGCGGCACAGAGUGCGUACUACGACCCCAAUAGGCCUCAAACCGCCUAUGUACCGCCACCUUACAACGAUCAGCCCCCGACUUAUCAGGAGUCUACGUCAAAGAAACAAGAUUAAUGCACUGUCCGCAUUAUCAUAUGUCCAACGAUAACGCUACUGGUGAUAUGCUCUAGGUGCAAUAUGCGAGUUACUUUGUCGAACUUAAACGCUUCUGUGGAUUUAGAGGACGCCAUCAAAUUAGAUGCUAUUAAUUACAGAAAAUGUAUUCAAAGCUUUUCGGAAGCCCAGGCUCGGAAGUCUAUUUGUAAAGGAUUUUUAUUGUAUUUUAUAAAUAAUUACAGACAAAUAUUCAUUGCCACUUUUAACUUAGCUGUGCUAUGUAGAAAGGUUACCUAAGGUUUACCUAGUUAACCAUGUUACAAAGCAUUAUAAUAAUAUCAAUUAUGCUUUUGUUGCACGGAUCUAUUUUGCCAAAGAAUUUUUAAUUUUCUAUUCAGUUAGUAUCUCAAAAAUAAACAAAUAGAUCUUACACUGACAGCAUUAUAUAAUUAUAAAUAACAUAAUAUUUAAUGUUACAGAAAAAACAAUGUUGUUCUUGUACAAGUCAGGUUUCAUUUGCUAUAAUGGCCAUUUUGACACAUUGUAUUAGUUACAUGAAAAGUCAAUUUGCAAACUAAAAAUCAAAUGCGGGUCAUAAAGGUUUUAUAUUUAAACCAAAACUGCAAAAAGUAGAUUGUUUAAAAAGAUUGAAUGAAACGA